AUGGAGGGGAAGCCGGAGGACUGGCACGUGUACAUCACGGGACACUCCCUGGGGGGAGCCCUGGCUACCCUUGCCACGCUGGAUCACCGUCGUCGGUAUCCUGAGGCCAAGGUCACAAUGUACAACUUCGGCAGCCCGAGGGUGGGCAACAAGGCUUUUGCGGAGCUGUACGACAGCUUCGUCGGCGACAGCUUCAGGGUGGUGAACAACCUUGACGUCGUGGCGAGAAUGCCGAGGGCUACCAUGGGCGGCAUCUCCCUCGACUACCAGCACUCCGGCCGCACUGUGAUGGUCGCCGAGGACCCCGAAGAACCGCCUUGGAUACAGGGGGAGUCUGGCGGGGAGUGUCCCCUGGAGGAGACGGACCCCGUGAUGUUGCUGACACAGGGAAACACCGACUUCUUCAGCGCCGAGAUCGACUUCAUGAAGGCGCUCUUCAGCGGCAAGGGCAUCGACCACCACAUGGAGCACAACUGGAAGAUUUCGCCGCGCUGGACAGUUUUUACGACCCCGACGACGUCAAGGAGGCGUGACUAUGGACAUAGAUCUUUUUCAGAUCCAUCGGACAAUGAAUUCAUUCCUCUCGGGAAAUGAAAUCAUUUCCCGGCCCUCCCGUGUUGGCUGCUUGGAUGCGGAUGGGAUCAUUCAAUGGAUGAAUGUACCUGAUUAGCGGUGCGCCACCUCUGUCUCACAUUGCUCUUCAGUUGCCUAUAUAGCUUGAUUCGUUUUGUGAAGGUGGUGUCGGUGUCGGGAGUGUGGUUCAUUGCAGCGAUGCGUCAAGAGAGAGAGAGAGAGAGAGAGAGAGAGAGAGAGAGAGAGAGUUAGUUGGUUUGGAAUGAAAAUAUCUGCGGUUGAAAUUGUUUUACUAUGUCGAUUCGGCUCUCCAGACAACAGGUCGGAUAUUUUUUGGAUUUGGGGUUUGUCAAUGAAGUGAGGAGUGAAUGUUUUGUGUGCGUAAGAAAUCCAUAUGACCCACGACCGACCUAUCCUUUGCGAGGGAGAGGCUGUAACAGAGGACGUAUGACUGACCUAUCGGGACACGGAAGUUGAGUUCAGGUAUUGCAGUCAGCGCAAGACGAUUCACUUCACUGGGAACGGGUCUUUGGAACUUCCUUCACAGGAGUGAAUUCCGAUGAGGGUUCACGUGUUUUUCUGUGAAACCAUCCCCGACGAUAUGAUACAUUUCACGCUUGACAUGAAGCCGGUGGUGGGACUAUUCGGCAGGCUACAGCAGUAUUCAUGUUGGAUUUGGUUGGAUAAGCCGUCGGCAAACCAGGGCAACGACAAUCGUGGUUUGCUGCUCAAUCUGCCGAGUCUAUAUUUCCGUUGA